CAGUCCCCGGGUUCUGUUUGUCCCUCCGGGGGUCCUGUACGUCAUCGAGUUCGUGACCUUUGUGCGGCGGCCGGUGAGGUUUCGGCGAACUUGCGGAUCCUGGACUUGGAGGGGACUGCGGGUCUUGGCUCAGUUGCAGCGUGUCCGGAGAGGAGCGGUUGGAUGGCGUGGUAUGUGCUGUGCCGGAGGCUGGCUGUCCCGCGCCGCCCUCGCCUGCCCGUGGUGUUGUGGACGCGUGAAGACGGGGACACGGGCCCUGGCCAGCGGAGGAGGAAGAGUGCUCCCAGAGAGCAAGAGGAGGAAGAUGAGGAGGAGGAGGAGGGAGAGCUGGUGGGCAGACCCUCAGCUUGGCUGGAGUACAGGGUGCCCUACUGCCCCUCCGCCUACCACCUGCCCUCGCCUGGCAGAGCGCCCUCCCCUGCGGCAGGGGAGCCAGCGGAGGAGCCGGACCCCCAGGGCGCCUGGCAAGGAGGGAACCCCUACAGUGUCAGCUGCUCGCGCCGCCUGUCCAGCUCGCAGAACACCCUGCUGGACCUGGCCUUCAGCCCGGCUCGGGCCGGCCUCGGGCCGCAGCAGAGCGCCCCCGCGCGGGCGCCGGAGCUGGACUACGACAGCCUGGAGGACCCCCGCGCCUUCCAGAGCUCGCGGCCGGAGUACCGGCAGCUGUGCCACGACCUGGCCGAGCGCCCGCCCCCGCUGGCGGCGCAGCGCGCCUUCCUGCUGCUCCUGCUGCUGGCUGCCGACCUGUGGCGCUGCCUGGGCCGCUCGGUGCCGCAGUUCCUGGAGCAGGUGUGCAGCCGCGUGGGGCAGUGCCUGCCGGAGCUCGGCUCGCACGAGCUGGUGCAGCUGCUCUACCUGAUCGGGGAGGGCCGGCGCGCGCCCGCGGACCUGCUGCCCCGCCUGGAGGGGGCGCUGCUGCGCUGCGCGGAGCAGCUGGGCCCCGAGGAGGUGGGCGCCGUGAGCCUGGGGCUCUUCAAGUCGCAGAGCGCGCUGUCGCAGGGGGCGGUGUGCCGGCUGGCGGACCGGGCGCUGGAGCUGCUGCCGGACAUGAGCAACGCCGCGCUGGUGAGCGUGCUCAAGCUGCUGCGCUUCAGCCACCUGUACCACAAGGGGCUGCUGUCCGCGCUGGCGGCCGAGGUGCCGCGCAGGGCGCCCGCGCUGGGGGCCCCCGCGCUCAUGCACGUGGCGCUGGCCUGCUCCUCUCUGCGCUUCGUGGACGAGCGGGUGCUGGAGGCCGUGGCGGCGGAGGUGCCGGCGCUGGCCCCGCACUGCCGCAGCAAGGACGCCGCCAAGCUCCUCUGGGCCUUCUGCUCCCUGGGCUACCAGCCCAGCAACACGCCGGCCUUCCUGUGCAGCCUGACGCAGCAGCUGCGCGCCCGGGCGCCGGAGUUCGAGCGCUACCCCGAGCACCUGCUUACGGGCCUGCUGGCCCUGGCCUUCGUGGGCCGGUUCCCCCGCGACCUGCUGGGCCUGGCGCUGAGCCCGCGGCUCGUGCGGCGGGCGGCCGAGGUGCCGCACCUGGAGCUGCUCAAUGACCUCCUCACGCUGGACGGCACCGUGGGCCUGGAGCUGCCGGACUGGGACGGGCCCCGGCUGCCCGCCGAGCUGCGCCAGGAGGCAGUCCGGCGGCUGUGGGACUUCGCCCAGAAAAACCAGCUGCAGAGGCCCGAGCUGCGGGAGGCCGAAGCGCUCAUGGGGGAGCUGCUGCAGGGGGCGCACUUCGUCAGGAGGCGCAUGAUCCUGCCACACACGCGCUCCGUCGACCUGGAGGUGCACCUGGACCCCGCCGGCCGGCCCGCUCCCCUGGGCAUGCCGCCCCUGCCGCAGGACCCCAGCGGGGGGCGCCCCCUGCCCCGGGGCUGGGAGGAGGACUCGGCGGGGGUCCCCAUCACGGACGGGCUGCUGGCCCAGCUGCUCGGCACGAGUCCCACAGGGGCGCAGGAGCGCCAGGCCCCGGACCUCGCCGACGGGACGCUGGGGUUCCCGACAGGCGCGCCCCCGCCGCCCCCCCCGGGGGCCCCGUGCAAGCUGGCGGUGCAGGUGUCCAGCCGCAACCACUACUGCUACAGCUCGCGGCUCCUGCUGGGCCUGCACGCCAUGAAGAGGCGGCAGCUGGCGCUGGCCGGGUACCGCGCCGUGGAGCUGCCGCCCUGGGAGUGGCUGCCCCUGCUGCGCCGCUCGCGCACAGAGAAGCUGGCCUAUCUGCACUGCAAGGUGUUCGGCGCUCCGGAGUGAGCAGGGCCGGACAGGGCCGGGCUCCGGAGUGAGCAGGGCCGGACACUGCAGGGCUCUGGCCGCUGCGCAGGAGCUGGUUCUGGGGUGAUGCAUCGUUUGGAAGGAGAUCUCGGCGACGGUCUGUCUGCCCCUCGGAGUGCUGGUGUGCUUGGUGUCUGCGCCGUCACGCGCGUCCCCCCGCCUGCCGGACACUGUGGAGUCUGCAGCUGGACUUUCCCUCCUGCCCCUCGCCCACGGGGGGCUCCUCGGGACUGACCGCUGCUCACGGGCAGCUGGGCUCCGCCCUGCCUCGGGUCUGUCUACUCAGCUGCUGUUGACACAUCAAUAAAUCAGAGAAACCCA